UUAACUAGUAACUAGGCCAACUGAAAGUUUGAUGAUGAUGAUCGUAAUAUUAAUUUUAAGGCCUAUAGAAUCUACUAGAUUUAAUAGCAGUAGAUUUAAGGCUUAUCUUUAAAAUUUAAUCUAAUAGUUUUUAUAAAAUAUUAAAGUUAUAGAUAUUAUACAACUAUUGAAGAACAGUCUGUAGUCUAGGCUACCCAGUUCACAUAAUAUAAAAAAUGGCACAACGAUUACCAGAUCACGAAUAUAUAUUAUACAAAGCUAUAAAUAAAAUAAUAGAAAAAUCUCCGCAUUUGGACUACACAAAGUUAGCUGAAGCAGCAGCUACUGCUGGCAGGGAAUUUAAAGAUCUCCUGCUCUCAAAUAAAGAUUCAGCUGUUGGUAUAAUAUUGACUAUAUAUACAACACAAGCGAAUUCAAAGAAAACAGAAGAAUCUGAUGUUGCACAUAUACCAGAGGCUGCCACAUUUGAUCCAAGAUUUGAUCAAUCUGAUGACAUGGAGGUGGAUGAUGCAAAUAGUUUGGAGACAGCCUCAGAAAACUCUUUAACAGAUUGUGUACAUUAUAAAACUAUCACUUACGCUGGAGCAAGUAGACCUAUUAUAGCUGACAAGAAUUCUAUCCAGUGUGAAAACUGUUUUAAAUCAUUCCCUAUAACAGAAAUUAAUACAUGUGAAAGCAGCCACAAAACAUGUAUAGUUUGUAUUAAAACUGCUAUUCAUACCUUCAUGGAUUCAAAAAAUAUAAACUUGAUGUGCCCUAUUGAACAAUGUGAUUCUAUUGUAAAAUUAGAUAAAUUGGCAACUAGCUUGGAUUCACUAAUAUAUAAUCAGCUGAAAAAAAAGAUUUUGAAACGUUCAGCUAAAGAAACGCAAACUAAAGAUAGCAGUUUAGAGAAAAUUUUGUGCAUGCGAUGUGAGAAAGAUAUUAUUCUACUAAAAGAAGAUAUUUUCUACAAAUGCACAGGGUGUAAGCAUGAAGCAUGCAGGAUUUGUCACAGACAAAGAGAAUCAAAUGACAGACAUGUUGAGUGUAAGGUACUACACCAUGUUGGAAGUAAAUGCUUCACCAAUCCUGAAAUAUUUCCUGCAAACUGGGAGAUGUACAGUGCUAUGGCAAAUGAUGAAGCAACAUUCGACUUGCUGUGUAGUGUUAAGCUCAACAGUAGUGAGGGGCUAGCAGUUAAAGAUAUGUUUUCUAGGACUUUCUCCGGGAAAGCAAAGCUCAAAUCAAUUCAGCGAGUACAAAAACCACAACUAUGGGAGAAAUAUUAUUUGAAGAGGAAGCACAUGGUGGAGGAGAUAGGGCUUGACAAGAUCAAAGAACGAGCACUCUUCCAUGGGACCAAGAAAGAAAAUAUUGAUUUGAUUUGUCAAGAAGGUUUUGAUAUGAGAGUCCCAACUGCCAAUGGAGAUGUAUUUGGAAAAGGAAUUUAUUUUAGCCCCUGGUCCAGGUACUCAAAAAUGUAUACAGGAGGAUGCGAACAAAUGAUUAUAGCUAGAGUCUUGUGUGGAAAUUCUACUCUAGGGUCAUCUGAAAUGACCCGUCCACCAAAAGACAGUUCUGGAAGGUUUUACGACACAACUGUUGACAAUCUGGACAGGCCACUCAAGUUCUGUGUGUUUGACAACAGUCAGUGUUACCCAGCUUAUGUUAUUGACUACUCUAAGAAAUAAUGUAGUGUUUUUGUAAUAAAUUAGGCAUACAUUAAAAAUAGACCUCUUCUGUACUUUGGCUGGACAUAGAGGGGUGACCACUACCUAAAAGCUAAUCACAGCCCCAAUCAAAGUUCUAGCCCUAAUCUGAACCUAUAUGUACUGACUGUAAUCCUAAUCCAAACACUGAACAUAUACUUAGACUUAGAAAGUAAUAUAACGAAAAAAGUAGAAAAUGUAUAAGAAAUUUUUUUAAAAAUGUGUGAAUAUAAAUAUAUAUAUAUAUAAGUAAAAUGCUGAGAUUUGUCUAAAUCUCAAUUUCAGUAUAUGAGAAUGCAGGAAGGUGUAAAAUGGCUAGAACUCAAAAUCUUUUUUGAUUUUUUU